GCUAAUUAAUCAGCCGGUAUCACCGGAUUUCUGACACUUGCAACUCAUCUUCUUUAACACCUGCGACCCGACUUCUCUAGUCUACUAAUACUCUGCAUCGGUUUAUCUAUAGGUUGAUUCCGUAAUGACUUCAAGUAUUGCCGAUGGAAUUAUCCGAUGGUACCAGAAUCCUUUCGCGCGAGGAAGCGAGCCAAUUCCUUCGGACACAACGGAAAGGCAACCGCAAGAAAGCCUGUUUUCCUUGUCAUGAAAGAAAGGUCGGCUGUGACGGGUCUCGGCCGUGCAAAAGGUGUGUCGAACGUGAACAUCCUGCCAUGUGCAGCUAUGAACCUGUCGAAUCAAUCAAAAAGCGGAAAAUUGCUUCGGUGGAAUCAGCACGUACAACAGAACCGACACCCUCAUCUACAUCUCCGAAUCUGGUCUCGAUGAAUAGAAGUCUCAGUAACGAACAAUCUUCCACACCAACCGACCAAUUCGUGGGUGAUUCAUCCGUUCCUGGCUUUAUUAUGAAUGGUCUGUCACAUAGGGACGAGCGAGAAUCUGGCAUAAGUAACAAGGAGCUUCGUAGCCUUCUCCUUCCAGCCCUUGGUCUCGCGAGAACAGAUUGUGUCUGGCCCACUGAAUCAGAAGAAAUCACCUUUGCUCUGGCUCGCGCCGCGGAAGCGCUGCCUCGAAGUCCAGAAAUCAUCAGGUUAUUUCAACAAUACAAACAAGUUGUCUAUCCUCUCAAUCCGCAUAUUCUCGAUUUGCCGAUCUUCGAACCUGAGCUUGUUACGUUUCUGAGUAGUAUCGAACAGGUGAAAUCAGGUCAAGCAACAGGGAUUUCGUUACCUUGGAUUGCUAUUAUGUUUGCUGUCAUUGCUGCUGGCUUGCAGUUUUCUGAUCUAUCACUUGAUGAACGAGCUUUCAGUAGCAGACGUUAUGCCCGCCAAGCACUUGCCUGUUUACAAGCUGAAUCUGGCUUCAUCACGGCAAGUGUCCCAGCGAUAACGGCGAUCUUGAUCCUGGUGACUGUGCUGCAAAACAACCUGGCGACCGAGGCGGCUUGGUCUUAUCUCGGAUUGGCAAGCAGACUAGCACAGAGCCUUGGACUUCACAGAAGCGUAUCACCGAACCAAUCUUCAGGUGACUCUCUAGAGUCCUCACUAUGGAAAGCAAUAGUUUGGCAGGAUUGCUUGCUGUCCAUGUGUUUCGGAAGGCAGCCAUGCACCUCAUUGACCAGGAAAGGACACUGCCCCAGCAGCGAAACUCAUCGAGAUCUAGAUUAUCGAGAUGCUAUGUACCUCCUGACUUCUACGAGCCUUGAGUUCAUCACGGAAGAAGUCAAAUCACUCACUCAGCUAACUUCGCAAGCUUCUCAACUCGAGCAGGAGAUUGGCAAGGCAAAACCAGAAUUAAGGAUUAGAGAGAAAUGUCGCUCAAUCGAGGAUCACAUGGAACACCUCGCAUUCCGCCUUAACACGUCCUUUGCUAUGGCUACUUUGCUCCGCCCGUCAUUGAAGGCUGAGCCGCGUUGGCAGGCACAUCAGGAUGAACAGAGAAAGCUGCGCAGACUAUGUGUCGAUGCUUGUGUCACCGCCGUAGAGUCAUUCAUCAGUUUGCACAAGCUUUCGGUCGUGGCGGAAAGAUCCUGGGCCAUAUUACAUAACGGCUUAAGCUGCGCCCUGGUGCUGCUGCUAAUCGAUGAAGCCAGACGCAACGUAGAAAUCAAGCAGCUUCAACAGGAACUGGUCAGCAUCAUGUCCCAAUCCUCGAAGAGCCGGGAUCAGGGCUCGUUGCUGUGGGGUCCACAUGCUCGCAUUCUUGCAGCUGUAAAGCUUCUCGACCCAGCAAGAUCUACUAUACCAUCUUCCCCCCCGCCAGUUCAAGGUGUCUUUCCAAGUGAACAGAGAACCUUAUCUCCUCUCAACAAUCGUGGAAGUGGGGGAGGAGAGACUAUUCUGGACGAAUUCAACAGUCUUUCCAACGAUUUGAACAACAACAAUUCCAACGCCCUCUAUGAUUUCUCCAGUCUGGAUCUUAACCAAGAGUCUUUGAGUACGCUCUAUGACUCUAUUAUGUGGGGAGAUUAUCAAAUCUAAUGAGGUGUCUUUCUACCGAGUGGCACACGUCACCAACAUUUUUCCCUUGCUAUAGAGGCGUUCUGGACAUCGACUCGAAAAAUAACGAGCUCAAGAGCUCUCGCGCGCUUCUCCAAUGCAAUAUGCAAUCUAGUCACGUGACUAUUGGCACAGCUCGUUCCUCAUACCUUCAAGCGAUAGAGUUGCCAUCGGACACGAUGUGUGUGACAUCCACCUAGGCGAUAAAGUCGGCGUGAC